UCUGACAGAUAACAGAGACGUUUCUUACUCUGUACUUUUCUUUCCUUAAUUUCAGCUAUCCUCACGAGCACAUCGAUGGUUUUAAUCUUCUUUUGCCUUUAAAACCCAUAAUUCUCUGUUCCUUCCCUGUAACUCCUCUGUUCUCUUAUGCAACUCUGUUUUUAUUCUCUUCAUUCUGUCUUCUCUUCCUUCAAGGAUGCACAGAUCAUCAAGCACGGGAAGAGCCUUUGGUGAGUUCAAUGUCAACUUACCACCGGUUGGAAAGCCUUCUCAAGGCCUGAAAACCAUGGAUGAUGAUAAGCUACCAUUGUACAGUUCCACCUCCAACGACACCAAGAAGGAAACUUCUUCCCAUCUCAAGUCGCUUGGGGAGAAUGUGGUUCAUCUCAUACCACUUCUUGUGAUCAUCUGUUGGGUAAUUCUGUUUUUGUUCUCUCGUCCAGUGAAUAUAGUACAAAAGCCUGAAUUGACUGUUGAAAGAGUUGGAGGUCUGAAUAUCAAUGGUCAUGGUAAUCAGAUUGGUUUGCCAUCAUCGACGAAAUUGAAGGACAUUGAUCAGCAAGAACAUACAUGGGUCAGAAAACCUCGAAAGAACUUCAGUUAAUGAAUAAGGAUAUGAGGGUUCUUCUCUUAUUCCAAUUAGAAUGCUAUAGACAUUGUUUACUUCUUUAUAUUUCAUCUCAAUGAAGGCAAUUUCUCACUUUAAAGUCA